AUGUCAAACAAUCCUACCUUCAAGCCCUCGCCGCUGUCCUUUGGGAGCCCGCGGGCUUCGCCCUUCCGGCGCCCGUCAACACCAAACUCCCCGCCAGGCUCAGCUCGUACAGCCGGCACACCAGGAAGCUCACCGAGUCGAGGGUAUACACCAAUGCAGUCACCGAGCAAAUUGAACCAGUCAUACACAGUCGAAGAAGACGAUUCGGUCCCCCCGAGAAAUGAUCCUAUCCCGCAGCCCAAAUUCACACGAGAGCUUCCUCCCUCACCAACCAAAGGAGCGCAGUCACCCGGAUACCAAUCGCCAAUAAUUGGAAACCGGUCACGAGGAAAUACGGUUGCGAACGGUGAUGCCUCUUCCAAACUUCCUGCCAAUCAAGUUAGAGAGAUUCGGGAAGCGUUCCAAGUCCUGGACAGGGACAACGACGGGCUAGUCAACAAAGAUGACGUCGCAGAUGUUUUGGUAAACCUUGGCCAAGAUGCAUCACCCUCCGCACUCUCACGCUUCUUCCCACCUGGCGCAUCUCAAACCAUCAACUUCCCGACUUUCCUAAACACUCUUUCUCAAUUAAUGUCGCCCAUGUCUUCUUCCCAAGAGCUUCUUAACGCCUUGGCUGCAUUCGAUGACGACGACAAUGGUCAAAUUGACGUGGCCGAACUACGCGAUGCCCUCUUACACACUCUUCCUGAGGACGGGGGCGUCCCACUGACGGAACAACAGGUCGAUGAAGUCUUUAACGGGUUCACGGGGCGAAGAGCUUUCGGAGGACGGGGUGCAAAGGCGGGAGCAGUGAAGAGGGGCGAGGUCUUCCAGUACCACGACUUUGUCCGAAGCGUCGUGGGAGGAGGAGAGAAUGGCAAUAACGGACGUCGCGAGGCAGGCGCAGCUCAAGCUUGA